AUGACCGUCCAAGUCGUCCUCAACACCCCGCUGGCGGAUGCCUUGAGCGCCGCCAUCCAGCCGAAGCUCGUCGAGGCCGGCUGGGCAUCAGGCUCAGACGACGAUGCCGCGCUCGUCGAAUACAUCAUCCUCAUGCUCGUCAACGGUCGAACGCAGGAGCAGAUCGCCACCGAGCUCUCAGCCGAUCUUCUUGGUCUCGGUCCGGAAGACUCUGGCGCCAUGGAAUUCGCGGCAUGGUUAUUUCAACAAGCAGAACAAAUCAACGCCCAACUGAAUGGCUCCCAACCCGCAGGCAACGAUGCCAUGUCAGGAAUGUCUCAGGGGAAUGGCGACUUCGACACCGAUAUGGGUGCGAACGAUGGAAAUGAACUGAAUGCGUCCGUCUCUCUCCUGGCCCCUGCAGCUCAUCAUUUAUUAACCCACCGCAGUCCGACUGGCCCGCGCUCCAUGCGAAACGGCCCUAAUCCGAGAGGAAGCGCUCGCGAGAAGCGUAUGCUCGGACACAUGACCAAGGCCAUGGAUAGGUCAGGCGACUCAGUCCUUCACCGCGUUCGCGGCAACGACAGAAUCAACUCCCAUGCCCGUGGCCCCCCCACGGGCCCUAGGGGUGGCAUGGGACGCGGCGGACGGUCGAUGAAUAACCGAGGUGUUAAUAUCCAAGCCGGUCUGAACGCAAUGACAGGCAUGAACGGUCAGCAUGGAGCACCCCCUGGGAUGAACCCCAUGGCUGCCGCUUGGGGGAUGCCGCCGCAAGGUCAACCUUCGCAGAUGGACCUUAUGGCGAUGAUGGAACAACAGGCACAAAUGAUGUCUCAGCUUCAACAACAGCUCAUGAACCAAUCCGGUGGGCGAGGCGGACGCCGCGGAGGCAAGUCACUUUUCGACCGCACUCAAAACUCCCGUGGCGGUUUUGGAAACCGUCAGCAGCAUCCCAGGGAUAAACAAGAUUCGGCAAUGGGAGAAGGCGCCGAGGGAGACGAUGUCGAAAUGUCGCAAUCAAAGCGCGAACCGCCCAACCCCGACGAAACUGUCUGCAAGUACAACCUCCACUGCACCAACAGGGAGUGCAAGUUUGCGCAUCAAUCCCCUGCGGCGCCACCUGGCACCACAGUCGACAUCGGCGAUGUGUGUACCUUUGGUGCUGCAUGCAAAAACCGGAAGUGUGUCGGUCGCCACCCCUCUCCGGCGGCGAGGCUUGCUCAUCAGAGCGAGCAAGAUUGCAAGUUCUUCCCGAAUUGUACGAAUCCGAGGUGCCCCUUCAAGCACCCCGAAAUGCCCUUAUGUCGGAACGGCGCAGGGUGCACGACUUCGGGUUGCAAAUUUACACAUGUUAAGGUCAAGUGUAGAUUCAACCCUUGCAAGAAUCCUCAUUGCAUGUACACCCAUGAGGAAGGCCAACAGGGUGUUUUCAAAGACAAAGUCUGGACUGCCGAUGGAAGCAAUGAUCACGUCAGUGAGCGUCAGUUCGUGGACUCGAACGCUCCGGCGGAAGUGAUACUUCCCGAUUCAGAGAAUGCGCCCAACCAGGAGCAAGGCAAUGCUCAGGAGGUCAUCAGUUAG